CAAGAAUGUCUCCUUCGAAUGAUCCUUCAUUCUUGUACGAUAUCAAUUAGAUCUCCUCCUCUCUUACACUACUUGGAGCAAAACAUAUAUAUAUAUAUAUUCUCUCGAGGGCGGUGGAAAAGGGUAAUUAGUCAAGUAUUGGAUAGUUGCAAAUAGCUGCUUGCAGCUGAUCGAAAGUUAUAUAUACUGGUGAAUCUGGUUGCCGACUGCUUUGUCAACAAGUUGCUCUUGUGCAAGAAGCCCUCCUUCAACUGAUUCUCCACAAUAUAGAAAUACAUACAUAUAUAUAUAUAUAUAUAUAUAUAUAUAUAUAUAUUCUCUGGACGGCAGUGGAAGAAAGAGACAAUUACUCGAUCAAGUAUUGGAUAGUUCCGAAUAGCUGCUUGCACUGAUCGAAACUUUUUUCUGGUGAAUCUGCGAACCGACUGCUGGUCAACAAGUAUGAAGACAGGAAGAAGCAAUGUGGUCAUGGCUUCGGAAUUGGUCCAUGAGGUGGCAUAUAUAAUAAUAUUGAUAUUCUAAAAUAUCCGUACGUUGCCCGAAAGUAAAGGUAUGAGAACAACAUUUUCAUUUUUUUGGUUAAAAAAAGAAAAAGAAAAAGAAAAAAAAAGAAAAGAAAAGAAAAGAAAAGGGUAAAUGGAAGUAUUUUAUUUUCUUUUCUAAAAGAUGAAUAAAAAACUUUAAUAUGGUCUAACCAUCAAAGUAAGGGAAGAAGAUAGAAUAUUGAUGCAUGCAAAAGUUAUAAUCAAAUAUGUGUGUGUGUAUAUACAUUUUCUAAAAUAUGAAAUAAAAAUUUGGAUAUAAUGUCCCCGGUGAUUGACCUGGUUGGAAAAGACUUAGUCAUGCACCUUAUGAAACAUUGUGCAAAUAAUUUUUUAAAGACCAUGCCCCACAGACAUAAUCCGAACUUUAUUCAAUUCAUGUAGAGAUCGAGCGUCAUGUACGAAUUCUUAGCAAAGUCACACCCCUAUUACAUAAAAUAAAUAAUAGUUUUUUUAUAAAUGCCAAUCAUACUGUGAUAAUGGCAUUAUAUUUAUCAAAAUUUCACCUACCUGUAACCUGCCAAUCGAUAGACUCAAUCCCACAUUAUAUUAAAAAUAUUUUUGAAAAACUUGCAAGUUAAAUUAGUUGGCAGUUGGCAGCUCUACAACUUCAUAUAUAGUUUUAAUAUAUAUAUUCACACAAAUCCUCUAACACGUCCGAAAAUUUGCAGAUAUUUUGGUUCUUCCAUAUGGCACACCCCUUUCAUUGUUUCGUGCAAAUUCGUACCACAUACAAUAAUGUAUUCCAUUUCAUCACGUUAAAAGCUUAAACAAUAAUAAGAAGAAAAAAAAUUGGUGAACUAUAUACGUGUUUUGUUGGGUUUUUGAUUCUUUUAUUUUUUAACUUUUGGGAUUUGACGGGUGUUGCAAUUUUUUUAUAUAUCCAAAUUGCAUGUCUGACUAAAUAAUUAGAUGAAAAAAUGUGAACAAAAGGUUUGCUAUAUAUUAAUUACCCCUUUUAAUUAACUAUAUAUUUUAAGUAAGAGGCUGUUUUAAUGGUGUAUUUUAUAUAGUUAGAUACUAAGAUUACGUGAUUUCUUUAAAAAAAAGUAAUAAAAUACAGUGUUAGAUACAUAUUUUCUGGGCAUAGAUAUGAAAUAUAUGUGUUGACACUUCUGAGUGGAUUUAUACUUAAAAAAAACAUAUUCAAUUAUAAUAUAUUAUUACUUUAAAAUGAAUUAAAUGCCUUCAUAUAUUAAACACUAUAUUAGAUAUAAACAUUAAUAGACUCUAAAAAAAUGAAAUAAAAUAAAAUAAUUAAAUAAAAUAAAUAUUUAGUAGUGUGUCAAUGCGCCCUUCUGUUUAGCCGUGUGACUAUAUCCGACACGUAAUCAAGUCCAGGUAACAUGAAUACGUUACCUACAUUCAGAAAUAUGAAUGAGCAAAGUAUAAAACCGGUCUAUUUGGAAAAAAAAAAACAAAAAACAAAAAAGCAACUGUUUGCCAGUGGCCAGAGGUUGGAAAAGAUCGAGCAUAAAAGGGUUUGGCAAUCACCGAAUUGGUAACACUUGGCCUUAUUUUUAUACUUUGCUUCAAAGCAAAGUUUGGAAGAAGAACCAAAAAUGGAAAAAGAAUAAGAAUAAAAAAAAUAAAAAGGGGUGAUGAAAAAAUUAAAAGAUGGGAUUAAUUUAAUUUAUGGGGUACGUGGAAGAAAGUUUAGUGCGGCAAGUAGGAAUAUGAUACGUCCUUUCCAGUUUCCAGUGGGGAUAUAAAAAGCAUUUAGUUCGUUCAUAUGAAAGUUUACCGCCCGCAACUAUACUUCGAGAGUUGGAAGCUCAUGAACCUGUCUAACAUUUCGAAGAUUACUGUUAUAAAGAUUUGAGGUCCUUGUACGUGAUAGCUCUCCAUCUCCCACCCAAAGAAAGCUUAUUGAUCAAGUGCUGCGCCUCAUUUCCGCGAGCAGUUUCCUGGAAAUUUCGUCUCGAGCAGUUUCCUGGAUCAUCAGGGGGAAAAAAAUACGCGUCUUCUAGUUUUCUCUCUCUGAAGAAACCGAGUGAGAUUCUUCCGUUUUCACUUUCCCAUUAUAAAUAUUCAUGUAAGUCACUCUAAUAAGAGUACAGUGACUGAGAAUUGACAGUGAACGGUGUCAUCUCUCCUGCGACAGUCCUCUUAGGAAGAAGAAUGAGUGAUCAAUUGAACGGCUCGCCGAAUCGGCGGCAUCAAAACAAUGACAUUGAGGCCGGACGCAGCGGCAAACAUGACGACGAAGACGAUGAGGGUUCUUCUGGCCCAUUCGACAUCUUCCGGACCAAGAAUGCCUCAAUAGACCGGCUUAAAAGAUGGAGACAAGCUGCACUUGUGUUAAAUGCUUCUCGUCGAUUUCGAUAUACCUUGGACUUGAAAAAGGAAGAAGAGAAGCAGCAAACAAUAAGGAAGAUUAGAGCACAUGCACAAGUCAUACGAGCGGCUUAUCUUUUCCAAUCAGCUGGGAAACAAGUAAAUGGAACUCCAAAGUUACCUCCAACUCCAACUGGUGAUUAUGAUAUUGGACAAGAGGCACUUGCAUCAUUGACGAGGGAACAUGAUAUGUCUGCUUUGCAGCAAUAUGGAGGGGUUAAAGGACUGGCAGAUAUGUUAAAGACAAAUCUAGAGAAAGGAAUCCCUGGUGAUGAUGAUGAUAUAUUGGAGAGAAAAAAUUUAUUUGGAUCCAACACAUAUCCUCGGAAAAAAGGACGGAGUUUUUGGAGGUUUAUUUGGGAAGCUUGCCGAGAUACAACCCUGAUCAUCUUGAUGGUAGCUGCGGCUGCUUCUCUGGGGCUAGGUAUAAAGACAGAGGGUAUUAAGGAAGGAUGGUACGAUGGGGGAAGCAUCGCGAUAGCAGUUAUCAUUGUUAUAAUUGUUACAGCGACAAGUGAUUAUAAACAAUCCCUUCAGUUCCAAUCUCUAAACGAAGAGAAGCAGAAUAUACAUUUGGAGGUCAUUAGAGGUGGUAGAAGGGUUGAGGCUUCAAUAUUUGAUCUUGUUGUUGGUGAUGUCGUGCCUCUUAAAAUUGGUGAUCAGGUCCCUGCUGAUGGUGUUCUAAUUUCUGCUCACUCUCUUGCAUUUGAUGAAUCAAGCAUGACUGGAGAGAGCAAGAUUGUUCACAAAGAUAUGAAAGCACCAUUUCUAAUGUCUGGCUGCAAAGUUGCAGAUGGUUAUGGAUUUAUGCUGGUAACUAGUGUGGGAAUAAAUACAGAAUGGGGGUUGCUAAUGGCGAGUAUUUCAGAAGAUUCUGGUGAAGAAACACCAUUGCAGGUACGUUUAAAUGGUGUUGCAACAUUUAUUGGUAUCGUUGGACUGGCAGUAGCUUUCCUUGUUUUGGUUGUCCUUUUUGUCAGAUACUUUACUGGGCAUACUAAAAAUCCAGAUGGAAGUGUUCCAUUUACACCUGGCCAGACUAAAUUCGGUGAUGCCAUAGAUGGUGCUAUAAAGAUUUUCACUGUUGCGGUCACGAUUGUGGUGGUUGCAGUGCCUGAAGGACUUCCCUUGGCAGUUACUUUAACACUUGCCUACUCAAUGAGAAAAAUGAUGGCAGACAAGGCCUUGGUCAGGAGGCUUUCUGCUUGUGAAACCAUGGGCUCUGCAACUACAAUUUGUAGCGAUAAAACUGGGACUUUGACUUUGAAUCAGAUGACUGUGGUGGAGGCCUAUGUUGGUGGGAGUAAAAUUGACUCUCCGAACGAUAGGUCGCGGUUGCCCCCUACCGUUAAAUCGCUGCUUAUUGAAGGUGUAGCACAGAAUACAACUGGGAGUGUAUUUAUGACUGAGGGCGGUGGAGAUGUGGAGAUUUCUGGAUCACCAACAGAAAAGGCCAUUCUCCAGUGGGGGGUCAAUCUUGGAAUGAUUUUUGAUGCUGUCAGAUCAGAGUCUUCAAUUGUCCAUGUUUUCCCCUUCAACUCAGAGAAAAAACGAGGGGGUGUUGCCCUUAAACUGCCUGAAUCUGAAGUUCAUAUUCAUUGGAAAGGUGCUGCGGAAAUAGUUUUGGCUUCGUGUACAAGAUACAUUGAUUUAAAUGAUAGCGUUGUUCCAAUGGAUGAUGAUAAGAUGAUUUUAUUUAAAAAUGCUAUUGAAGAUAUGGCGGCUCGAAGUUUGCGUUGUGUUGCUAUUGCUUAUAGAUCAUACGACGUGGAAAAAGUUCCAACUGAUGAUGAAGGCCUGACUAAUUGGAAAAUACCUGACGAUGACCUUGUGUUGUUAGCUAUUGUUGGUUUGAAGGAUCCUUGUCGGCCUGGUGUGAGAGAGGCAGUUAAAUUAUGCACCGAUGCUGGUGUUAAGGUACGGAUGGUCACUGGUGACAAUCUUCAGACAGCUAGAGCAAUUGCUCUAGAAUGCGGGAUACUGGGGUCAGAUGCAGAUGCUACUGAGCCAAAUCUCAUUGAAGGGAAGGCAUUUCGUGCCUUGUCAGAAGUGCAAAGACUAGAUACUGCUGAGAAGAUAUCGGUAAUGGGAAGGUCUUCUCCUAACGACAAGCUCUUGCUUGUGCAAGCAUUGAGGAAAAGGGGACAUGUUGUUGCUGUAACUGGUGAUGGCACUAAUGAUGCCCCUGCACUACAUGAGGCUGAUAUUGGUCUAUCAAUGGGUAUCCAAGGAACGGAAGUAGCCAAAGAGAGCUCAGACAUCAUUAUAUUGGAUGACAAUUUUGCUUCCGUUGUAAAGGUUGUUCGAUGGGGCCGAUCUGUUUAUGCGAAUAUUCAAAAAUUCAUUCAGUUUCAGCUCACAGUUAAUGUUGCUGCUCUAAUAAUUAAUGUCGUGGCUGCAAUUUCCUCUGGUGAUGUCCCAUUAAACGCAGUGCAGCUUCUUUGGGUUAACCUUAUUAUGGAUACUCUUGGAGCGCUAGCGCUGGCUACUGAACCACCAACGGAUCACCUGAUGCACAGGCCUCCAGUGGGUCGAAGGGAACCUCUGAUAACAAAUAUCAUGUGGAGGAACUUACUAAUACAGGCUUUAUAUCAAGUGACUGUCCUGCUUAUUCUCAACUUUCGAGGUAAAAGCCUCCUUGGUUUAGAGCAUAAAGACAGUGUGUAUGCCAACAAAGUGAAGAAUACACUGAUAUUCAAUGCUUUUGUCCUUUGUCAGAUUUUCAAUGAGUUCAAUGCUCGGAAGCCUGACGAACGUAAUGUAUUCAAAGGAGUUACUAAAAACCGUCUCUUCAUGGGGAUAGUGGGCCUAACUCUUGUGCUUCAGGUCAUGAUAAUCAUGUUCCUUGGGAAAUUUACCACAACAGUUAGGCUUAGCUGGAAACUGUGGCUUGUUUCCAUUGCAAUUGGCAUUAUCAGUUGGCCUCUUGCGGUGCUUGGGAAAUUAUUACCUGUCCCAGAGACGCCCUUCAGUGAACUUAUCAUGAAAAAUAUCAUAAGAAAAAUCUGGCGACCAAGAUUUAUCGUGAGAAAAAUGCGGCGACGAAGAUCUUCUCAAGGUUCGGUCAAUAGAAGGAAUGAGGAUGCUGAAUGACUUCAACAUGUUAAACAUCCAACUUUUGCUCUGCAGUUUUUGGUGUUUUUUUUUUUUUUUUGUUAAUUCACAUCCGGGGGAAAUUUUACACUGUGCAGCACAGUAAUGACGGAAUGGUUAUAUUAAGUACUUAUGGUUGUUAAUAGGUGUUUUACAAAAUCACAGGGUGCUGAAUACCUGGUAUGUCAUAUAUGUUUUACUUUCAUUUUACGUGAAUGUAAAGUAAAAGUAAGUUGUUGAUUUCUA